AUGGGGUAUCAUCAGCCUGAUCCAGAUGCUCUUCGUUGGGGUCUACACGAUCUUGAAGUUUGUACACUUACAAACGCUGGCUCUUGCAGCAGCGUUACGCGUUUUGAGACUACGGAUGGUGGUGGUGUUGCUCAAGGCUAUGUUAGAGAAGGUUACAACAACCAGCAGCCUUUGAGUGAUUAUGUAGACAAUGAUGCUGUCAUUGCUCAGUUUUACCAAGAUGAGUUGUCCAGAGUUGACCGGAACGAAGCAUUUGAUCCUAGUCGAACUUCAGUUGUUCAACAAGAAUGGUCUCCUCAACCUCAUCAAGGUGAAGCCAUUGAUAUUUCUCGUGAAAGUGAUAAUCUUUGUAGACAGAAGGGUGAUAUGGAAGAUAAGGACGUUGCAGCAAGGUUUGGGAAUCAAGGGGAGCAAAGUUCACCAGGUCGUGAUGAUGAUGAUUCAGUUUGUUCUGUUGAGGUAGAAGAAGAAUCUUGGUCUGAGUUUGGGAAGCGACUCAACCACAUGAUUCCUGUUGCUCAUGUGCCGAAAAUCAAUGGAGAGUUACCAUCAGAGGACGAACAGAUAUCUGAUCAUGAACGGCUAUCUCAGAGAUUACAGCUUUAUGGCUUGGUGGAGAACAAGAUUCAAGGAGAUGGAAACUGCCAGUUUCGAGCACUAUCAGACCAGCUUUACCGUUCUCAAGAGCACCAUAAUGCUGUUAGAGAACAAGUUGUUAACCAGCUUGCGUAUAAUCGAGAGAUGUAUGAAGGUUAUGUUCCAAUGGCGUAUAACGACUAUCUUAAAACAAUGAAACGGAAUGGAGAAUGGGGUGAUCAUGUUACUCUUCAGGCUGCUGCAGACUGGUUUGGUGUUCGGAUGUUUGUGAUAACUUCAUUCAAGGAUACAUGUUACAUUGAGAUCUUGCCUCAUUUCCAGAAGUCCAAUCGCCUUAUAUGUUUAAGCUUCUGGGCUGAGGUUCAUUACAAUUCAAUCUAUCCUGAAGGAGAGCUGCCAGUACCGGAGGGAAAGAAGAAAAAGAAGAAAUUUUGGGUUUUCUGA